UGGGAAAAUAUUUUUUCUCUGUGACUUUUUGUAUAAAUAUUUUUAAAAUAUUUAAUAUUUUAUUUUCUUAAAGUACUUUUAUCUGAAUGUUUUACAUUAAGUGCUGUUAUUAUUGAUUAUCUUAUUGAAAAACCGAUAAAUAAUGACGAAAGAAGAAGUUGUUUCUAAAAAAUCAUCAGACAAUAAUGAUGGUGAAAAUAAAGGAUCAACGGAUGCUGGAUCAGAUCCAUCACAACCAAUAACACGUAGAGGUGUUUUAACUUCGUUUUUAUCGGGAAAACCAAUGGAAAUUCCCGAACAGGAUGUUCUGGGAAAAUGCAGAUUUGUCUCUGAAUUUGAGAAAUUAAAUAGAAUUGGCGAGGGAACAUAUGGAAUUGUUUAUCGUGCAAGAGAUACAAAAAGUGAUAAAGUUGUUGCAUUAAAAAAAGUACGAAUGGAACAUGAAAAAGAUGGAUUACCAGUUAGUGGUUUACGUGAAAUAAGUGUUUUAUUAUCAUGUCGUCAUGAGAAUAUUGUUCAUUUAAAAGAAGUUGUUGUUGGUAAAAGUCUUGAGAGUAUAUUUCUUGCAAUGGAAUAUUGUGAACAAGAUCUUGCAAGUCUAUUGGAUAAUAUGCAAACGCCAUUCUCUGAAAGUCAAGUUAAAUGUAUUAUGCUACAAGUAUUAAAAGGAUUAAGAUAUCUUCAUCAUAAUUUUAUUGUUCAUCGUGAUUUAAAGGUAUCAAAUUUAUUAAUGACCGACAAGGGUUGCGUGAAAAUUGCCGAUUUUGGAUUGGCAAGAUGGUUUGGAUUACCGCACAAGGCAAUGACACCGCGCGUUGUUACAUUAUGGUAUCGUGCACCUGAAUUAUUGUUACAGGCAAAAACACAAACAACAUCCGUUGAUAUGUGGGCAGCUGGUUGUAUUUUAGGUGAAUUAUUAGGACAUCGGCCAUUAUUGCCUGGACGAUCGGAAAUUGCUCAAUUAGAAUUAAUUGUCGAUUUACUUGGCACACCAAGCGAAGCUAUUUGGCCGGAAUUCAAUUCAUUGCCGGCCUUGCAGAAUUUCACAUUGAAACAACAGCCGUACAAUAAUUUGAAGCAACGUUUUCCAUGGCUUAGUGCCGCUGGUCUUAGGCUUCUUAAUUUUCUUUUCAUGUACGAUCCCAAGAAACGAGCAACCGCCGAAGAAUGCCUACAAAGUAGUUAUUUCAAGGAGGCACCACUUCCUUGUGACCCGAAAUUUAUGCCAACAUUUCCACAACAUAGAAAUAUGAAAAAAACCACCGCUUCAAAAGAAACCCGCGAACCGGAAGCACCAGUUAGCGAUCAAACUAAUAAUCUUCCUGCAAUUUCAGAUCUUCUUGGAUCAUUGGUGAAGAAAAGACGCGUAGAAUAAUUGAAUUACAGUAAAAUUUUUUUUAUAGUUUAAGGCAUUUUAUUAAAAAAUAAUUUUUUUUACUUGUGUAAAGUAAAACAGAAUUUUAUUUUCACAAAAAAAAUUUU